GGAGAUUUUAUAGGAGCUGAGCCCCCCCAAACCCAUCCUCGUGGCACUGGGUCCUGCAGCCUCGGUCCUUUCAAUGCCUGGUCCCUCCUGGGACUGUUGGCCUUCGCUGGAGAUCAGAGUCCUGCUGUUUGCCAUGGGCUGCAUUCAGAGCAUCGGGGACAAGGCCAAGGUCUUCCGGGACGGCAUCACCGUGACUGAUGUGAAGGCGGCCAUCGACCCCGUGCCCACCAGCAUCGAUGAGUCUUCCAGCGUGGUGCUCCGGUACCGGACUCCCCACUUCCGGGCAUCGGCCCAGGUUAUCAUGCCGCCCAUCCCCAGGAAGGAAACUUGGAUUGUGGGUUGGAUCCAGGCCUGCAGCCACAUGGAGUUCUACAACCACUACGGGGACCAGGGCAUGUCCAGUUGGGAGCUCCCAGCCCUGCAGGAGGGCCGCAUCGAAGCCAUCAGUGACUCGGACGGCGUGAACUACCCCUGGUAUGGCAACACCACCGAGACAUGCACCAUCGUGGGCCCCACCAGGAGAGACUCCAAGUUCAUGAUCAGCAUGAACGACAACUUCUACCCCAGCGUCACGUGGGCCGUGCCCGUGAGCGAGAGCAACGUGGCCAGGCUGACCAAGAUCUACCGCAAUCAGAGCUUCACCACGUGGCUGGUGGCCACCAACAUGACCACCAACGACAUGCUCAUACUGCAAACGCUGCGCUGGCAUAUGCAACUCACCAUUGAGGUGAACCCCAACCGGCCCCUGGGCCAGCGCGCCCGCCUGCAUGAGCCCAGCGUGCAGGACCAACCCAAGAUCCUGAGCAAGAAUGAGCCCAUCCCGCAGAGCGCACUGGCCAAACCCAACGCCAAUGAUGCUCAGGUCCUCAUGUGGCGGCCUAAAUAUGGGCAGCCGAUGGUGGUGAUCCCCCCCAAACACCGGUGACAGCUUCCCACUCCCACCGGACCCCGCUCAUGCACACCCCACUGUACUCCCAGUCUCUUAAAUCAUGCAGCGAAAUACAACUAUUCUACCUUCUGCAGGCGGAUCUCACUGUGCACUGUGGCCAUGGAGCAGGGGAGCGGCCCUCCCACUAUGACUGAUCCCCCAUCCCCUGCAAGGGGUUGGGUAGGAGAACUCCCCUGCACCCCGCAGUGCUCCUGUGCGCCCCUCCUUGCAAUGCUGUCCCUGGAACAACUGCUUUCCCACUACUUCUUAUAUGUUCAUAGCCUCGUUCUGAGGUUUGGGGGCGGGAGGAAGGGGGAUGUACCCCGGGUAGGUGGUGGAUGAUGAUGGGGGCCUAUCCCACCCCGCGGCAGCUCCCCCUUUCUUCUUCCUCAUGCGGCCUUAUGUAGACUUGCUUUGCCAAACUUUUGCCUUAAGCUGAGAUGAAAGGAAAAAAACAAUCAAGCGCUGCACAUCGGACAGGGCAGCCAGGGUGUCCCCCUCUCCACCCAGCUUUGCGGCCUCUGCAGGAGUGGGGGGCUGGGUGCCCUUGCAGACCCCCCCAGAGCAGCUGCCUCGCCUUUAGUCUCACCAGUGAAGCCACAGGCUUUCCUCAUAGCACCUUCUUUCGCUACCAUAG